GUCGGGAUGAGCUGGAACCCAUUUAACCGACACUCGGCAAAAAAGAAGAGUGUAGUUUCACGAACAACUGAGAGGGAAUUUGGAAGAGAAGUGAAGAGAGUCGAAAGCUUAGAUGAAACUAGCAAGAAACUAUACAAAGAUACCAAGAGAUGGCUAGAGUCAAACUCAGCCCUGUCAAACAGUGAACACAAAAUUACCCAGGAUCUGUUGACCAGUCCCCUGUGUCAGACAGAGCCACAACUAAAUGCCAUGGUCACCGAGUGGGACAGAGCAAUAGAGAAGCAGAAUUUACAUUCCAGGGAACUGAAUAAUGUUGUACAGAAGACUAUGGCAGAGCCAGUUAAAAGACUGAAUACCAUAUUUCCAAGCAUACAGGCAGCACUGAAAAAACGAGAACAAAGUUUACAAGAGUACCAGAAAUCCCAGGCUAAAGUAGAGAAGCACCAGAACAGAGAAAGGACCGGACAGAAUGUAGUGAAAUUAGAUUUAAGUAGGAAAGCAGUGGAAAGAACGAAGGCUGACUUUGACUGCCAGAAUCAGGCUCUAUCUGAAGAUCUUCCUAAGUUUGUGGAUGGAAGAAUUGAAUAUAUUCAGCCAUGUUUAGAAUCUCUAAUCAAAUCCCAGGUUUCCUAUAACUCCGAGGCUCUACAGAUUUAUUCCGAAUUAGCAGACCAAUGGCACACAACCACAGAUUUGAGUGAAUUAAAAUCUCGCCAUCAACAAACUUUAUCAGACAUCAAAGCUCUUGCCAUUACUGUGGACUGAGCACAAAGUCCAACUUAACAGUGCCAAAAUUAACAUGUCAUCUCCAUGGUUGUGACUUCUUAAUCUCCAGGACAUUUGUCAGAAAAUACAUGCUAUAUUAUCUCCAUUCAGAGUGAAUCAAGCCAUGAACCAUGAGCGUUGACAGAGAAACGAAACAAGUAAAAAAGCUACUGGACACCAUGAAAAAGUUUCAUAUCCAGUGCUGUGCAUUAUUACAUUUGUACCACAAAUAAUUAAAAUUGCAACUUAUGGAUACUUCAUUAGAUACUUUUAUUUUUUUUUAAUUCUGCAUCUCGAUGUUUGUAUUUUCAAUUUUAUGAAAUGGGAUAUUUGCAAUGUAUUAGGUAUUACUAAAGUUAAGUGAGCAGAAAUUACAUUAUAAUGUAUACUA